AUGCCCCCAACGAAACCUGACAAACGAGUGGAUGACGACUUAGAAGGCGAAGACGAACUCACACAGCAGGAGCGACAAAAGGGGGUCUACCAGCGUCAGGGCACCUAUCGAGAAAAGGCUCUGCAUAGGGUCUUGUCACCUCAACGUGCCGAUCCCUUCUCGUCAGCGACACCAGCAGCAGACUUGACUACCUAUUCGGAUGUAGCACAGCAAGCAACUCUACAGAAAGAGAGAGCUGAGGUGUUGAGGCAAAUCCAGACGCAGAAGAAGGAAGGCGAGAAUGGUGUUGGUGUCAAGCGGAAGGACGAGGGUAAAGAUGAAGACUCGAAAAAGGAAGAAGUGAAGAAGCGCCGCAGUGGUAGGAUUGCUGCUGGCUUUACAGACAACAGAGGGCGGCCUGCUGCAGGUUUCGAUAUUAAGGAAGCGGAUGAUCGAUGGGAGACACCUGUGGCUGGGUCCGGUGAAUGGGGGGAAACGCCCGCGGUCGGGGCCUUUGGAGGUGCCGAGCCGACCAUGAAAAAGAAACGUACGGUUAGUCUUGUCGGCGUUUCUCGAUUCUCUGAUGCCCCCUCUGAGACCCCUUACGGUGCUGGUGGAGAGACUCCUGAUGGUAGUGGCAGUAUGGGGGAGACUCCGGUGACUAGGAGUAGAUGGGAUGAUGCUGUGGGCCGGACGCCUGGGAUGGGUGGAGCAACGCCUGGGGCUACCCCUUUGGUGGCAGCGACACCUGGCACGACACCGCUGUUUCAGCCGGGCAUGGAGACGCCUAUGGGCCUCACGCCUCAGUUCCAGGCGGCAGGGUAUGGUAUGACUCGGCUGGACCGAGAGCUGGAUGUGAGGAAUAAGUACAUGACUGAUGACGAGAUUGAUGCGCUGCUGCCUCUCACUGGAUAUGAGAUAGUCAAACCGCCUGAGGGGUAUGAAGCUCAGCAGCAGGCACAUAGGAUCAGCGUGAAUCAGGCAGCUACUCCUCUUGGAGAGACCACGGGCUUUUCUAUGCCGUCUGGUGGCGCUACUCCUGCGAUGAUGGCUGGGCUUGAUGCCUCGACUGCUGGUCUCAGUGAUGCGGGUACUGGACUUGUUCAUCCUAAAUACGGUGGAGCUGGAGACCUGCCGGACCUGCGGCCUGAGGAUGUACAGCAUUUCUCUGCCCUGAUACAGGGUGGAGAGACUGAUGAUAACCUGAGCCCAGAGGAGGCUAAGGAGAGGAAGGUCAUGGCCUUGCUGUUGAAGGUUAAGAAUGGUACGCCACAGAUGCGCAAGAUGGCUAUGAGGGAGAUCACUGAGCGCGCGAAGCAGUUUGGGCCGGACGCCUUGUUCAACCAGAUCCUUCCCCUGCUUAUGAGCACCACUCUGGAAGAUCAGGAACGGCAUCUGUUGGUGAAGGUCAUUGACCGUGUUCUCCACAAGCUGGAUGAUAUGGUCCGUCCCUACGUCCAUAAGAUACUGGUCGUCAUUGAGCCUCUAUUGAUUGAUGAGGACUACUUUGCUCGAGUGGAGGGACGAGAGAUCAUCUCCAAUCUGUCUAAAGCAGCUGGCUUGGCUACGAUGAUCGCGACUAUGAGGCCAGAUAUUGACCAUCCCGAUGAGUAUGUCCGUAAUACGACUGCUAGGGCGUUCGCUGUGGUGGCGAGUGCCCUUGGUGUGCCGCAGAUUAUGCUUUUCUUGAAGGCUGUAUGCCAGAGUAAGAAGAGUUGGCAGGCGCGGCAUACAGGCAUCAAGAUUGUCCAGCAAAUAGCCCUUUUGAUGGGCUGUGGAGUGCUGUCUUACUUGAAGCAACUUGUCGAUAUAGUGCAGUUUGGAUUGGGUGAUGAACAGCAGAAGGUCCGAACAAUCACGGCGUUGGCUCUUGCUGCUCUGGCCGAGGCUGCAUUCCCGUAUGGUAUCGAGUGCUUUGACAGUGUUCUUAGGCCGUUAUGGCGAGGUAUCUGUGAGCACCGCGGUAAGGGACUGGCGGCGUUCCUCAAGGCCAUCGGGUACAUCAUCCCUUUGAUGGACGCGGAGCAUGCCAACUACUAUACUCGGGAGGUUAUGAUCAUCUUGGUGCGAGAGUUCUCAACUCCUGAUGAGGAGAUGAAGAAGAUCGUGUUGAAAGUGGUGAAGCAAUGUGUGGCGACAGAGGGUGUUGAGGCAGCUUAUGUUCGAGAGGAUAUCCUUCCACCCUUCUUCAGGAACUUCUGGGUGGUCCGCAUGGCAGCUGAUCGGAGGAACUAUAAACAGUUGGUGGACACCACUGUGGAGUUGGCAAGGAAAGUGGGCGGAGCGGAGAUUGUCCAGAGGAUUGCCGAAGAUUUGAAGGAUAACAAUGAAGCGUAUCGCCGAAUGGUCAUGGAGACCAUCGAGAAGGUUGUGGAUGAAAUGGGCGUCCAGGAUGUUGACUCACGUCUUGAAGAACAAAUCGUCGAUGGGAUGCUGUAUGCCUUUCAAGAGCAGUCGUCUGACGAUACUGAAACUAUGCUUAAUGGGUUUGGGACUAUAGUCAACUGUCUGGGGGUACGUAUCAAGCCGUACUUGCCACAGAUCGCUGGUAUCAUCCGGUGGAGAUUGAACACUCCCAGUGCAAGGGUACGUCAACAAGCAGCGGAUCUGAUAGCACGCAUAGCUGGCGUUAUGAAGCUGUGUGGAGAGGAACAGAUGUUGGGUCACUUUGGUCUCUUCCUGUAUGAGUAUCUCGGUGAGGAAUACCCAGAGGUGCUCGGAUCGAUCUUGGGUGCAUUGAAGGCUAUCGUGAACGUCAUCGGUAUGACCAAGAUGGCUCCGCCGAUCAAAGAUCUGUUGCCGCGGUUAACACCCAUUCUGAAGAAUCGUCAUGAGAAAGUUGAAGAGAACUGUAUCGAUCUCAUCGGUCGAAUCGCUGACCGUGGUGCGGAUCUGGCUCCUCCUAGAGAAUGGAAUAGGAUCUGCUUUGACUUACUGGAGCUCCUUAAGGCUCAGAAGAAGGGCAUACGGAGAGCUGCUGUCAAUACUUUCGGGUACAUCGCCAAGGCCAUUGGUCCUCAUGACGUGAUCGCUACUUUGCUCAACAACCUCAAGGUUCAGGAACGACAGUUGAGGGUGUGCACAACUGUGGCAAUUGGUAUUGUGGCGGAGACAUGUGGUCCCUUCACUGUACUGCCGGCGAUAAUGAACGAGUACAAAGUCCCAGAGCUCCACGUCCAGAACGGUAUCCUCAAGAGUCUGUCAUUCAUGUUCGAGUAUAUUGGUGAGAUGGGUAAGGACUAUGUUCACGCGGUGACACCCUUGUUUGAGGACGCCCUCAUCGAUAGGGACCUCGUCCAUCGACAGACGGCUACCUGGGCGGUGAAGCAUAUGGCAUUGGGUGUGCAUGCCCUUGGUCAGGAGGAAUGUCUGGAGCAUUUGAUGAACUACAUCUUCCCUAACAUCUUCGAGACCGCGCCUCAUAUGAUACAGGCUUUCUUCGAUGCAAUGGAUGCUAUGAGAGUCAGUAUAGGGCCUUGUCGAGUCCUCCAGUACGUCGUUCAAGGGUUGUGGCAUCCGGCUCGACGAGUAAGGGAGUGCUACUGGCGGGUUUAUAACUCACUUUAUAUUGGUGCCGAGGAUGCCCUGGUCGCCUUCUACCCCCGGGUUCCGCUUACUUGGGAUGGUCAGGAUGAGGAACAGGACCAUCCGGAAGUACCCAAGUUGGGACCAUACAACAACCGGUAUUGGCGUACUGAGAUGGAUCUGAUCAUAUGAUGAAGGCGCAUUAUGAGAGAAAACGUCACUGCGCCACGAAAUUAUAGUGCGGCCUCGCGCUACAGCGAAACGUUAUUUACCAUUACUCUCCGCCUAAAUGC